AUGGGCACCUCCUCCUCCGACAUGCACCUCCCCACUGAGGACCCGCCCCCCUACUCCCUAUUGGACCCAUUUGCAGGAGAGGCGGGGCAGGGGGAGGAGCCACACCACAGCAGCAGUAUGGACCUCCCACCUACUGCCACCUCCUCCUGGUUCUCCUGCGCGCCCCACUACUACUCCUCCAUCUCCUACCCACCCACAGAGGAGGCCCCCCCGUACGAGGCUGCACUCCUGGACUCAAGCCGACCACUCCCCCUCACGCCGUGCGAGCUCUUCAAGCACCAAUCAGAGGCCAGAGAGGAGGCGGGCGGGCUGGCGGAGGCGGGACUAACGCGGUAG